CAUUAGCUACAGGGACGGCCAGCAUUGUACAUACUCUGAUCAUACGAGUGUGAGAACGAUUUUAAAAAAUAAAACUCAGUCAUGGCGGAUAAGUUUCUUGCAAAAUGGAGAGCCGAUAGAACAACUUACACUGAUUUCGAGGCCACCAUGGAUGCUAUGAAACUGGACAUUCAGACACGUACAGCAUUCAAGAAAUUGGAGGGAACGCUGGAGUACCAGAAGAAUGGGGACAUGUGGACAGCAGUGGCCAAAAUAGGCGAACUACCUACCAGGAUAUUUACAUACAAACUGGGACAAGAAAUAGAGGCACAGGGCCUAGAUGGAUUUCCUUUAAAGACUGUGUCACGUUUGGAAGGCGACACUUUGAUAGAGAAUUCCACUUCACUAGAAACCAAGGUCCCCGUCACCAUUACUCGUCGUGUGGAAGACAACAAAAUGUUUUGUGUACGUGGUAAACUCUUUCUAUGUAAUAUCUAUCUUUGUGAAACGUAUAAAAAAUCUAUAUAUUAUUUAAGUUUUCAAGGAACAAAUGUUGAAUCAUAAUGUAAGUUCUACUUU